AUGCCGACGAGUGGCAGCGUUGCAAAUAGGAAUGGUUUGAUUGAGACUCAGAAAAAGCAGAACAGGGUUUGUGAUGAGGGCGAAAGCACACCAACGGUGAAGGCUCAGACAAUUGAUGAACUUCACUCACUGCAGAGGAAGAAAUCUGCACCCACCACCCCCAACGGGUCUCAGUCUAACUUAUUUAACCUUUCUGAGGAUCAACGCCACAAACAGCAGCUCCAAUCCAUCAGUGCAUCUUUGGCGUCGCUGACAAGAGAAACAGGACCCAAGGUAGUGAAGGGAGAUCCAGCUAGAAGGUUCGAAGCACCAAGGGUUGCUCACGUUUCGCACCCCCGGGUCACACCCACCAUCGCUGUUAGCGACAGUGCCUUAAAGUUUACCCAUGUCCUCUACAACCUCUCCCCUGCAGAACUUUAUGAACAGGCGAUCAAGUAUGAGAAAGGUUCGUUCAUCACUUCAACUGGGGCAUUGGCUACGCUUUCGGGGGCCAAGACGGGUCGGUGUCCAAGAGACAAGCGUGUGGUUAAGGAUGAUGUUACUGAGAAAGAGCUUUGGUGGGGAAAGGGUUCCCCUAACAUCGAGAUGGACGAGCAUAGUUUCAUGGUGAAUAGAGAAAGAGCCGUUGAUUACUUGAACUCUUUGGAAAAGGUCUUCGUGAAUGACCAAUUCUUGAACUGGGACCCAGAAAACCGAAUCAAAGUCAGGAUUGUCUCUGCUAGAGCUUACCAUUCCUUGUUUAUGCACAACAUGUGCAUCCGACCUACUCCUGAAGAGCUUGAGAAUUUCGGUACACCAGACUUCACAAUUUACAAUGCUGGACAAUUCCCUUGUAAUCGUUAUACUCACUACAUGACAUCCUCAACUAGUAUAGAUCUUAAUCUUGCUAGGAAGGAAAUGGUCAUCCUUGGGACGCAAUAUGCUGGGGAAAUGAAGAAGGGUCUUUUUAGUGUCAUGCAUUAUCUCAUGCCUAAGCGUCAAAUCCUCUCCCUACACUCUGGUUGUAAUAUGGGCAAAGAUGGGGAUGUUGCUCUCUUCUUUGGACUUUCAGGUACUGGAAAGACCACUCUUUCGACUGAUAAUAAUAGGUAUUUAAUUGGAGAUGAUGAACACUGUUGGAGUGAGAGAGGUGUUUCAAACAUUGAAGGUGGUUGCUAUGCCAAAUGUAUUGAUCUAUCUAGGGAGAAAGAACCUGAUAUCUGGAACGGAAUCAAGUUUGGUACAGUUUUGGAGAACGUUGUUUUCGAUGAGCAUGUUCGAGAUGUUGAUUACGCUGACAAAUCAGUUACAGAAAAUACUCGUGCAGCUUAUCCUAUUGAGUACAUUCCUAAUGUAAAGUUACCAUGUGUUGGUCCUCACCCAAAGAAUGUAAUACUUUUGGCAUGUGAUGCAUUUGGUGUGCUUCCACCUGUGAGUAAGCUAAACCUGUCGCAGACCAUGUAUCAUUUCAUCAGUGGAUAUACAGCUUUGGUGGCUGGCACGGAGGAGGGUAUAAAGGAGCCACAGGCAACAUUUUCAGCUUGUUUUGGUGCAGCAUUUAUAAUGCUACACCCUACAAAGUAUGCAGCCAUGCUUGCUGAAAAGAUGCAGAAACAUGGUGCUACUGGAUGGCUUGUUAACACUGGUUGGUCUGGUGGAAGUUAUGGUUGUGGAAGUCGUAUUAAGCUGCCCUAUACAAGAAAAAUUAUUGAUGCUAUUCAUUCCGGAAGCCUAUUGAGUGCAGAGUACAAGAAGACUCAGAUUUUUGGGCUUGAGAUCCCUACUGAAGUGGAGGGAGUCCCCUCAGAAAUUCUGGACCCUGAGAACACGUGGUCAGACAAAAAAGCCUACAAGGAGACACUGUUGAAGCUGGCUGGAUUGUUCAAGAAGAAUUUUGAAACCUUCACAAACUGCAAGAUUGGCGAGGACAACAAACUCACAGAAGAGAUUCUUGCAGCUGGUCCAAUCGUUUGAUGCUUAGCCACUCCUCCUCCACCCUUUCUCUUUGCUUGGAUGGCUGUUGAUUUUGCACUUGUUGAUUACUUGGAUUUGAAAGAAAGACGAUAUUUGAGUACAUGACAGCCAUUAUGCCUUGACAC